AUGUUCAAAAAUAGUGCAGGUAUGAAUAUCAUAGAUGCCAGCAAUAGUCAUUCCGCAGCUGCACAAUUCUUUAAGAAAUUGAAAAAAAGUAAGGAACCAACGAAAACAUACUCAGUGAUGAUUACUGGAGGAGCUGGAUUUAUUGGUUCUCACAUUGCUGAACAUUUUGUGCGGAAUGAACCUCUCUGUGAACGAAUUGUAAUUUAUGACAAUUUACACGCAACUGCUCAAUCAAGUGGUAAUCCAAAUGUAAAUACGAAUAGCAAUUUAGAAUUUCUGUACUCGUUGGAGCGAAAGUUAAAUUCAAAAAAAAUUGUUUUUGUAAAGGAAUCCAUCAUGGAUCGAUCAGUUUUUAGAGAUACUUUAAGAAAGUAUAACAUUAGAUAUGUUUAUCAUUUAGCUGCUCUGGUGUCAGUUCCAGAAUCAAUGAAAUUCCCACAAAUGUAUUUCCAAGUGAAUACGAUGGGAACUGAUAUUGUUCUGGAGGAAAGUAGAAAAUCUGGACACGUGAAAAAAGUAAUAUUAAGCUCAUCAGCAGCCAUUUAUGGUUUUGAACCAACAGUUCCAAAAUUUGAAAAUAUGAAUCCAAGUUGUGAGUCACCCUAUGCUCAAUCUAAGUACGAUGGAGAGUUUCUAUGCAAAUUCCACUCUCAACAAGUAAUUGAGGAACAUUUAGCUGCAGGCAAAAAACUUGGAGAUGAAAAUGCUGACAGCGAUAACGAACCUAUGGUUGCCAUUGCUCUUCGAUAUUUUAAUGUUUUUGGAGAACGUCAAGACCCCAACUCUCAGUAUGCUGCUGCAAUUCCGCGAUUUAUCGAUCGAGCUUGCGUCAAAGGAGAACCUAUUGAAAUUUAUGGUGAUGGAAGACAAACCAGAGAUUUUGUCUAUGUGAAAGACGUCGUUUGGGCCAACGUCUAUGCCUCUUUCUACAUUGGAGAAUUUGGCGUAUUUAACGUGGGUUAUGGAUCAUACAUAACCAUCAAUCAAAUGGCUGAUAUUGUUGAAUCACAAUGUGCCAAAUUAACUCAAAAGCCUGUAAAUAAGAGAGUUUAUCUCCCACGAAGACCAGGAGACGUUGUUUAUUCGAUGGCGUCAGUUAGAAGAUUGACAAAUAAUGGAUGGAAACCCAAAUACACUUUCAAAGAAUCUGCCAUCCAAACCAUUGAAUAUUUCUACAAACAAUCUAAAACUACUAAUAAUAAUUAA